AUGGAAGGUUUGAACAAUAUGUUGAAGACUGCUCACUAUAAUGGGUGGAUUAAGGGAUUCAACGUAGCAAAUAAUCAAGAUGAGAGGUUAGAAAUAACUCACUUACAAUAUGCAGAUGAUACCCUUAUUUUUUGUGGAACAGAAGAGAGUCAGGUAAAGUACCUCAGGAUUAUCCUCAUCCUCUUUGAAGCUGUCUCUGGUCUUCACAUUAACUGGAGAAAAAGUCAGAUUUUCCCAGUAAAUGAGGUGCCUAAUAUUCAGAUGCUGGCAAACAUCUUGGGAGGAGAAAUAGGCACAACUCCAACUAUCUAUCUGGGAAUGCCUUUGGGAGCAAAAAGCAAAUCCAAAGAAAUUUGGAAUGGAGUUUUGGAAAGAUGUGAAAAAAAGCUAGCUAGAUGGAAAACACAGUAUAUCUCUUUGGGAGGUAGACUAGUACUUAUUAACUCUGUGCUAGAUGCUCUCCCUACCUACAUGAUGUCUUUAUUUCCUCUACCUGCAAGUGUAGAAAAUAGAUUGGAAACUCUGAGAAGGAACUUUUUAUGGCAUGGAAAUAAAGAAAAAAAAGGAUUUCACCUAGUUUAUUGGAAGAAGCUGACUAUUAGUAAACGAGAAGGUGGAUUAGGAAUCAAAAACCUUAGGAAGCAGAACAAAUGUCUGUUGAUGAAGUGGUUAUGGAGGUUUCCUAAGGAAGAACAAACACUAUGGGGCAAGGUGAUAAAGGCAAAAUAUGGAAAAGAAGGGUUUUGGAUGACCAAAGAGGUGAAGAACCCUUAUGGAAUUAGUCUAUGGAGAUCAAUCCGGAACUUAUGGCCAAACCUUUUUCAUGACUUAAGUCUUAAUGUGAGGGAUGGAAGGAAAACGUUAUUUUGGGAGGACAACUGGUUAGGAAUUGGAAGUUUGAAGAAUUUGUUCCCUGAUAUUUUUACUUUGAAUCAACAACAAGGGGCAACAGUUAAGGAGGUAUGGGGUAUUGAAGGAUGGAACUUGACAUUCAGAAGAUUGUUACAAGGCUGGGAACUAACAACAAUAACUGAAUUUUACAAUACUUUGGAGCAAUGCGGAGGAUUACAAGAAGGGGAAGACACUUUAGUAUGGCAGAAACAUAGCAGCGGGAGGUUUACAGUAGGAUCAGCCUAUAAAAAUUUGAAUCGGGUAGGAUCUCAACUCAGCCUAUGGCCUUGGAAGCAUAUCUGGAAAGUCAAAAUACCAUAUAAAGUGGCAUGCUUUACUUGGUUGGUGGCUAAAGAAGCAGUACUCACUCAAGAAAACCUCAUGAAAAGAGGUUUAUCAAUCUGCUCUAGAUGUUAUUUGUGUGGCCAAGAUGCAGAGACAAUUAACCAUCUGUUUCUACAUUGUAGAGUGACAAGACAGCUGUGGGAGUUGUUCAUUAACAUCAGGGGCAUCCGAUGGACAAUGCCAGGAAGAACCUAUGAACUUUUGUCUAGCUGGAACACGGGGGGGAGCUCUACAUCUAACAAAGAUAGAUGGAAAAUUGUCCCAGCAGCCAUUUGGUGGACAAUUUGGAAGGAGAGGAAUGCAAGGUGUUUUGAAGAUAUAAGUAGCCCUGUUUCUUCACCAACAAUUAUAGUUGAGAGAGCUGGGUCUUGUGCUUGGAUGCACAAAAGCUUUAAAGUUCGAGAAGAAUUUGCUCGUACUCUUACAUCAGCAAUUGGUCUUUUUGCAUCGACCGAGCUGCCCCUUCAACGGGCUAUUCUUCCUCCCAUUUUGCAUAUGUUGAAUGAUCCUAAUCAUGGAGUAAGGGAAGCAGCCAUAUCAUGUAUUGAGGAGAUGUAUUCAGAGGUUGGACCCCAGUUCCGUGAUGAGCUUCAGCGCCAUCAUCUUCCUUCCAUGUUGCUAAAAGAUAUUAAUGCCAGACUUGAGAAGAUUGAGCCUAAAAGUCGAUCUACUGAUGGAAUCUCAAGUAAUUAUUCAGCUGGUGAGGUGAGAUCUGCUAGCCUUAAUUCCAAGAAAAGCAGUCCUAAAGCAAAGCGUUCAACAAGAGAGGCGUCUCUCCUUGGAGGGGAUAGUGAUAUUACAGAAAAGCCUGUCGAUCCAAUUAAAGUGUAUUCAGAAAAGGAACUGAUAAGGGAAUUCGAGAAAAUUGCCUCUACCCUUGUACCAGAGAAAGAUUGGUCUAUCCGUAUUGCCGCUAUGCAGAGAGUUGAAGCUCUUGUUAUUGGAGGUGCAGCUGAUUAUCCUUGUUUUCGUGGACUUCUAAAGCAACUUGUUGGCCCUUUGAGCACACAGUUAUCUGAUAGGAGAUCCAGCAUAAUAAAACAGGCAUGUCACUUACUGAACUUCUUAUCAAAAGAGCUGUUGGGAGAUUUUGAGGCAUGUGCUGAGAUGUUCAUUCCGGUUCUUUUCAAGCUUGUUGUGAUAACUGUUCUUGUAAUUGCAGAAUCUGCUGAUAACUGCAUAAAGACGAUGUUGCGCAACUGCAAAGUUGGUCGAGCACUUCCUCGUAUAGCUGAUUCUGCAAAGAAUGACAGAAAUGCAGUACUUCGUGCAAGAUGCGGUGAGUAUGCACUUCUGAUCCUUGAACAUUGGCCUGAUGCAUCUGAGGUACAACGCUCAGCUGAGCUUUAUGAAGACCUUAUAAAAUGUUGUGUCGCUGAUGCAAUGAGUGAGGUACGAUCAACUGCAAGAACUUUGUACAGAAUGUUUGCAAGAACUUGGCCAGAACGUUCUAGGCGUUUGUUUAUGUCCUUUGAUCCUGCUAUCCAAAGGAUCAUAAAUGAGGAAGAUGGUGGUAUUCAUAAGCGGCAUGCUUCUCCUUCUGUUCGAGAAAGGAGUUCACAGUUCUCACUUUCUUCUCAAACAUCUGCUUCUUCACAUCUACCUGGUUAUGGAACGUCUGCAAUAGUUGCCAUGGAUAGAAGUGCUAAUUUGUCUUCAGGGACGUCCUUGUCCUCUGGGCUGCUUUUGCCACAAGCAAAGCCUGUGGGAGUGGAACGUAGCCUGGAAAGUGUACUUCAUGCCAGUAAACAGAAAGUUUCUGCUAUAGAAAACCUGCUCAAAGGGCUAGAUGUAUCUGAGAGAAGUCGCUCCUCUAGUUUGGAUCUAGGAGUUGACCCGCCCUCAUCCCGUGAUCCACCGUUCCCUCUUGCUGUUCCUGCAUCAACUAGUCUUAGUAAUGCUUCACUGGUUGAUGCACCAUUUGCUAUGACUAAAGGAAAUAAUCGCAAUGGUGGGUUGGUUUUGUCUGAUAUCAUCACUCAGAUCCAGGCCUCAAAGGAUUCAGCUAAAGCAUCAUAUCGAAGUAGUACGGAUCAUGAGUCUUUUUCUGCACUCAACUCCUACACUGCAAGAAGAGCUUCUGAGAAACCACAGGAUAGAGGACUUGUUGAAGAGAAUGCUGAGCUGAGAGACACUAGGCGGUUUAUGAACUCUCGUGUUGACAGACAAUACUUAGAGACACCGUACAGAGAUGCUAACUUUAGGGACUCCCAUAAUAAUCAUGUUCCCAAUUUUCAACGUCCUCUCUUAAAAAAGAAUGCAGCAGGAAGAAUGUCAGCUAGCAGGAGGAGGAGCUUUGAUGACAGUCAGCUUCCACUAGGAGAUGUAUCUAGUUAUGUGGAUGGUCCAGCUUCGCUAAAUGAUGCAUUAAGUGAGGGUCUCAGUUCUACUUCAGAUUGGAAAGCCAGGGUUGCUGCAUUCAGCUAUCUCCGGUCUUUGCUACAGCAGGGCCCUAGAGGUAUUCAAGAAAUAACUCAGAGUUUUGAGAAGGUUAUGAAAUUGUUUUUCCAGCAUCUUGAUGAUCCCCAUCAUAAAGUCGCACAGGCAGCACUUUCAACCCUUGCAGAUCUUAUUCCUGCUUGCAGAAAGCCAUUUGAAAGUUAUGUAGAGAGGAUCUUGCCACAUGUUUUCUCACGGUUAAUUGAUCCCAAGGAAUUGGUGAGGCAGCCCUGCUCAACUACCCUUGAAAUAGUUAGCAAGACAUAUGGGAUAGAUUCCCUUUUGCCAGCUUUGCUCCGUUCAUUAGAUGAACAGCGGUCCCCAAAGGCUAAACUCGCAGUAAUUGAGUUUGCAAUUGGCUCAUUUAACAAGCAUCCUUCAAAUUCUGAAGGUGCUGCUAACAUUGGCAUCCUCAAGUUAUGGCUUGCUAAGUUGACACCAUUGAUCCAUGAUAAGAAUACCAAACUGAAAGAAGCAGCUAUUUCGUGCAUUAUAUCAAUGUACACACACUUCGACUCGACAGCAGUUCUCAAUUUCAUUCUUAGCUUAUCGGUUGAAGAACAAAAUUCCUUAAGACGGGCUCUUAAGAAGUGCACGCCUCGUAUAGAGGUGGAUUUGAUGAAUUUCCUGCAGAGCAAGAAAGAUAGACAACGUUCCAAGUCUUCUUAUGAUCCAUCUGAUGUUGUUGGAACAUCAUCUGAAGAGGGAUAUAUUGGCACUUCAACGAAGAAUAAUCUAUUUGGAAGGUAUUCUGGGGGUGCAGUUGAUUCUGAUAGCAUCAGAAAGUGGAACUCUCUUCAAGACCCAACCUAUAUGACUAGAUCUACUGGUCAGUUGUCUGAUGGUACUCAGGACUUCUAUCGUGGUGUGGAAACUGGUUCCAACACUGAUCCUCCUGUUUCAAAAGCCAAGGAUUUGAAAUUUGGGGCCCUUACCACAAGUGAGAAUAACACAUUAUGGACAUUGGAAAGCAAGGAUAACAGCUCAAACAUAGAACAGGCCUCCACUCCUCAUCUGGACGGCAAUGAGCUAGUUGAUAAUGGAUCUUCAUCUAACCUGGGGCCUAAUCACCUAAAACUCUCUGCUCUCAAGAUAAAUUCAACUCUAGAAACUGGACCAAGCAUCCCUCAUAUUCUUCAUUUGAUUUGCAAUGGUAAUGAUGGAAGUCCUUCUGCUAACAAGCGUGAUGCACUUGAACAAUUGGUCGAAGCUUCUGUUGCUAAGGAUCAAUCCAUCUGGAGCAAGUACUUCAAUCAGAUAUUAACUGCUGUGCUUGAGGUGUUAGACGAUUCUGAGUCAUUGACAAGGGAACUUGCCCUAUCUCUGAUUCUUGAAAUGCUGAAGAAUCAGAAAAAUGCUAUGGAGGACUCAGUUGAGAUCAUAAUUGAAAAGCUGCUCCACGUGACCAAGGAUGAUGUUGCAAAAGUUGCUAAUGAAGCCGAGAGUUGUUUAACUACAAUUUUGUCCCAGUACGACCCGUUCAGAUGCUUAAGUGUUAUUGUUCCUUUGCUUGUCACUGAAGACGAGAAGACUCUUGUAACUUGUAUAAACACGUUGACAAAGCUUGUUGGGAGGCUCUCCCAGGAGGAAUUGAUGUCUCAGCUGCCUUCAUUCUUGCCUUCCCUGUUUGAUGCUUUUGGAAACCAGAGUGCUGAUGUCCGCAAGACUGUUGUUUUCUGUUUGGUUGACAUAUACAUCAUGCUGGGCAAAGCAUUUAUGCCAUACUUGGAAGGGCUGAACAGUACGCAGUUACGAUUGGUUACCAUUUAUGCAAAUCGAAUAUCACAGGCCAGAACUGGUACUCCGGUAGAUGCAAGCCAUAGUUAGGCGGGUGUAGUUUUUUUUGGGAAUUUAUUGUAGGUUGAUGUGUGUAGUUGAAUUUUGUGAUUCAAUAUUUGACGUCUUUGUAUAUCUGUGUGAAUGUGUGUAAUUUUUUGGUGGGUGAGGUUGUAUUCUUUUUAUAUUUAUCUUUUUCUUCUUUUUUUCUUUUCACUUAAUUGGUUGGGGAGUUGAAAGAGAGUGAUUUGGGAAGAAAUGUGAUGUUGUAUAACGGUGAACUUUGUGCUCAUAGUGAAAUGAACAGUUUUUGGAAGAUUGUUUAUACAUUGGAGUAAAUCAUUGUAACUUGAAACAAUACAAGUUCGAAGCUCUUAUUUAGCUUA